AUGUCGGGUAGAGGGAAAGGCAGAGCCAAGCAGCAUUGGAAUGUCCUUCUCAAUAAUAUCCAAGGUAUCACAAAGCCGGCCAUUCAGUGCCUGGCUUGCCAUGGGAGCCUCAAGCACAUCUCCGGCCUCAUACACAAAGAGGUUUGCGGAGUCCUGAAAGACUUCCUGGAAAAUGUUAUCAGGGACUUGGUCACCUACACUGAGCACGCCAAGCGCAGGAAGGUGAUGGCCAUGGAUGUGUUGUAUGCACUAAAGCGCCAGGGGAGGACCCUGUAUGGCUUCAGUGGUUGA